UGGGCUCCCCAGUGGUCACGCCCCUCCACUGGGAAGGGGUGGGGAAGGCACUGAGGCCACUGUUCCUCUCCGGGCUGGCACGAAGCAGCAGACGAGCUGAUAAGCACUGUAGCAGUCCUGCUGCCCACCACCAUGAAGGAUGAGGUGGCUCUCCUGGCUACAGUCACUCUGCUGGGAGUCCUGCUGCAAGCCUACUUCUCCCUGCAGGUGAUCAGGGCGCGCAGGGCCCACCGCGUGUCGCCGCCGCUCACGACCGGCCCGCCCGAGUUCGAGCGCGUCUACCGAGCCCAGGUGAACUGCAGCGAGUACUUCCCGCUGUUUCUCGCCACGCUGUGGGUGGCCGGCGUCUACUUCCACGAAGGCGCCGCGGCCCUGUGCGGCCUGGUCUACCUGUUCACGCGCCUCCGCUACUUUUGGGGUUACGCGCGCUCCGCGCAACUCAGGUUGGCCCCGCUGUACGCGAGCGCGCGUGCGCUCUGGCUGUUGCUGGCGCUGGCGACGCUCGGCCUGCUCGCCCACUUCCUCCCGGCCGCGGCGCGCGCCGCGCUCCUCAGACUGCUGCGGGCGCUGCUGCGGACGGCGUGAGGCGAAGGACAGCGGGUCGGCGAGCCGGAGCGUCGGGGAGCACGGCAGGGUUUCCGCUGCCGCGUCUCCGCCUGUGUUCUAAUAAAGUUACCUGAGCUGA